AUGCGUUCGACAUCCAGUCUCAAUUCAUCAGAGACAAAUGAAAAAAGUAUAGGAAGUAUUGAGAAAAUGAAUCACAUUCGACCGGAUGAUCGAACGCUGGAAGAAUUGUUUCAAAAGACCAUUGCAACAAUGGAUCUUGCUCCCGAUAAAAUGAAAAUGUUACGUGACUUUCCAGCGGAGAAGAAAUGGGAUAUAAUUCGUGAUCGAGAUCAAGUUAUAGCUAAACAUCCUCCAGAAUAUUACAUCGAAGGUUUACAAACGUAUAUACGUGGUGCGAAUCUUGUUGAAAAAGCAUCGAGUUUGAAAAAGAAACAACCAAUCGAACUUUCAACUCAACUAUUAUCAAGUUUAGAAAUUUCUUUACGAACGAAUAAUAUUGGUUGGGUUCACGAAUAUCUUAAUCCAAAUAAUAAAGGUCUGGAUGUUUUACUUGAUUAUUUAAAAACAUCAUUAGAAGUCAUGCGUGAAGUUGAUUCGUCGGAUGACGGACAUUUCUCGACGAUAAAUUAUCCCGAUGAGAAUUCUUUAAUCACAUCGAAACGACCAACAUUAGGUCGAUCUGAUGCGAAACGAUUGCAUCGUAAACUGAAAAAGUACCAAAUUGGCGAAGCAACCGACGAUGUCCGAUUAUGUAUCAUGUGUCUUCGAGCAAUAAUGAAUAACCAAAAUGGUUUCAAUCUCGUUAUUCAACAUUCAUUAGCGUUGAAUUACAUCACACUUAGUUUACAACAUAAAAAUUAUCGAUGUAAAGCAUUGAUUUUGGAAUUACUAGCCGCGGUGUGUCUAGUCGAAUUAGGUCAUGACGUUGUUCUGGGAGCGUUUGAUAAUUUUCGUAUAAUAUGUCAAGAAAAACAUCGAUUCGAAACUUUGAUGAAAUCAUUUACUCAACCAACAGACUUUAACGUCGAUUAUAUGGUGGCAUGUAUGCAGUUUAUUAAUAUUAUUGUUCACUCAGUUCGAGACAUGAAUUAUCGUGUGUAUUUACAAGAAGAAUUCAAAUUACUUGGAUUGGACGAAUGUCUGAAAAAAUAUUUGGAAAUUCAUAGUGAAUGUGAUUUAUUUAUCUUACACAUUCAUGCGUUUUUGGAUAACUAUUUCGAUGUGGGACAACUAUUGGAAGAUUCCGAAACGAAGCAACAAGCAAUUGCAAAAGUGUCAGAGUUAGAAGAACAACUAGGAAUUGUUAAUGAACGUGUACAAGAACUUGAGAAUGGAAAUUCAAAUAAAAUUGCUGAACUACAAAAGGCAUUGGAAUUUGCAGAGGAACAAAUGGAGAAUGCGAAGAAAGAACGCGAUGACAUCUCACAAACGCUUACCAUAUUGAGGCAGAGUCAUCAAGAACGUGGAUCUCUCAAUGGUUCAUCAUCCUCGAUAUCAUCAGCUCCUCCAGGUGCGCCUCCCAAUGGACCAAGUUUCCACAAUACAGCGACAGGUUCUAGUGCACCACCAACUGCGCCGGCACCACCCCCUCCUCCUCCUCCUCCUCCUCCACCACCAAAUUUCAUUCCACCACCUCCACCACCCGGACCGCCACCUCCGAUCUUUGGCAUUCCACCACCGCCACCAGGAAUGCUUGAUCCUCCACCUGGUUCCAUGACAAUAAAGAAGAAAAUCGAAACGAAAUAUAAGCUACCUAAUUUGAAUUGGACAUCGUUGAAGCCUGGUCAAGUUCGUGGAACGGUUUUCUCCGAGCUCGACGAUGAAAAAUACUUUAAACUGAUCGAUUUUGAUACUUUCGAAGAAUUGUUCAAAACAGGCUCCGGUCUUCCAGUCAAUCAAACAACUACUAGUCCACAUUUGAAACAAAAGUUUGUUAAAGCUCCUGAAAGCUUGACAUUGCUUGACCCUCAACGACAACGAAAUUUAGCUAUUGCUCGACGGAAACUCGAUCUUGAUGUAAAUACAAUUAUCCGCGCAUUGAAUAAUCUUGAUUUGAAGAUCUUAACUAUUGAUACAAUCGAUAUCCUACAGCACUUUAUUCCCACAGAAUCUGAAACCCGUGCAUUCGCUUCGUACUUAUCCGAUGGUAAAUCGAUCGUAAACCUUUCAGACGAAGAUCGCUUUCUACACGGUCUCUCGAAAAUUGAACGAUUAGCACAGAAGUUGAACGUUGUGUCAUUCAUGGCGAAUUUUGACGAUGUUAACCGAAAUUUAACACCGCAGCUGAAAGCAAUCAUAACAGCAUCGACAACGUUAAAAAAUAGUACAAAACUCAAAAAACUCCUCGAAAUCGUACUGGCGUUUGGUAAUUAUAUGAACAGUAGUAAACGUGGUCCGGCAUACGGAUUUAAAUUAGCUAGUUUAGAAAUUUUAUCAGAUACAAGAACGCAUGAUAAACGUUUAACUUUACUUCAUUUUCUUGUACAAACCGUGGAAGAACGAUUUUCUGACGUUGCCAACUUCAGUCAUGAUUUACAAUCAGUUGAAAAAGCCGCUCAAGAGUUUUCAUACUCGUUUAAUAACUUUGCACGACGACACCUUUUGUAUUUUCCGCCACCUUUCCGACUUUCAUUGGAAAAUAUUCAGAUUGAUGUUCAAGAUUUAACUCGUGGCUUGGAUAAUGCCAAAAAGGAACUUGUUAUUCGGCAGACAAUGAAAAAUGUCGAGACACGGCCAUUGGAAGAAUUUCUCAAUAUUGCUCAAGCAAAAGUUGACCGAUUGAUUAAAGAUGCAAAAUCAGCCCAGGAAUCGUUCAAUCAAUGUGUAGAAUACUUUGGUGAAACACCACGAACACAAAAUCCAUCGAACUUUUUCUCCGUUUUUGUCAAAUUCCAACGUUCGUAUCAACAAGCACGAAUUGAAAACGACGAACGUACACGAUUAGCAAGGGAGGCGGCAUUAACCAAUGAUAAGCCAGCAAAUAAACGUUCAAUAAACAAACGUUCACAGGAAGAACUAUUAAGUGAAUUAAAAGGACGGAAAGAAGCUAUAAAAGAUCAAAAAUUAAUUAAACGUGAAGCAUUAACAGAUGGCACUAUUGAAACUUUAUUAGAUGACUUGAAAAAAGCGCCAUACUUGCGAGCAGAUGCAGCGCGUCGGAAUCGUCGUAAAACUCAAGAACUAAUGAAACAAAUUAGUCGCGACGUACUCGCCGCAGUGACGAGCGGCACGAGCACAACUUCGACUACCACACCUGAAGUUCACCUCUAG